GCACAGUUUUACUUCCGGUUCGUGACGUCAUGGGUGUGGUAUGAAGUAUUCAAUGCACACACACGUUAUACACGCCAUAGAUAGACCGAUUGACAUGAUCGCGAUGGAUGGGUCAAAAACGCGCUGUCAAUCUGCCCCGUAACGUCCCGUGUGUUCUCCGUAAGCUCGAUUGGAAUAGGUUUUGCAGGUGACCGUCGAAAGAAACACGAAGUUCUCCAAAAGAACUGGCAAGAAUCGUCUACCAAUCAAGAUGGCAGGCACUUUACUGACCUGCUGUCUUUCGCCAACGGAUAAACAAGCGUUGAAUCACAGCAAAGAUAUCGACAAACAGCUUCAGAGGGAUAAAAAUUACAUUCGGAGAGAGGUGAAGGUUUUGCUUCUCGGUGCUGGCGAGAGUGGGAAAAGCACGUUUCUGAAACAGAUGAAAAUUAUCCAUGAACAAGAAUUUACGGACCAAGAGGUGAAAGAUUUCCGUAACAUCAUCUAUGGAAAUAUAAUCAAGGGUAUGAAGGUGUUGGCAGAUGCCCGUGACAAGUUGGGAAUACCAUGGGGUGAUCCGGGGAACGAGAAACAUGCAGAGUUUGUCAUGAGUUACAACGUUCAAGGUGGCCAGCUCGAGCCAUCUGUGUUUGUCCAAUACGUGCAGCCCUGUAUUGAACUGUGGAAAGACAGUGGCAUUCAAACAGCUUUUGAUAGGAGAAGGGAAUUUCAACUGGCUGACUCAGUUAGAUACUUCUUGGAUGGGAUUGAUCGAGUAGGCAAAAAGGACUACACUCCAAGCUUGACUGAUAUCCUUCACUCUCGAAAGGCCACUAAAACCAUCCAGGAGCAUGUCAUCGACAUUAGGAAUGUGCCAUUCCGCUUCGUUGACGUCGGCGGCCAGCGGUCGCACAGGCAGAAGUGGUUCCAGUGUUUCGAGAGCGUGACUUCCAUCCUCUUUCUGGCAUCAUCGAGUGAAUUCGACCAAGUCCUUAUGGAGGAUCGCAUCACCAAUCGUCUCCUGGAGUCGUGCAACAUCUUUGACACCAUCGUCAACCACAAGUGCUUUGCCACUAUUUCCAUAAUCCUCUUUCUCAACAAAACGGACUUGCUAGAGGAGAAGAUCCAGCAUGUUAGCAUAAAGGACUACUUCCCCAACUUCCAGGGGAACCCGCACGUUCUGACCGAUGUUCAGAAUUUCAUCCUCAAGAUGUUUGAUGUAAGGCGCAGGGAACGCGGCAGCAAGGCACUCUUCCACUACUUCACAACAGCUGUGGACACUAACAACAUCAGAUAUGUGUUUCAAGCAGUACGGGACACUAUCCUUCAAGAAAACCUCAAGCGAUUGAUGUUGCAGUGAUGCAAACUCUCCUUUCUUUUCCUAGUGCCUAGUCCCGUAUAUAUCCAUCUGUAUAAGUUUGGUGGAAUCCACCUGGCAAUUUUUAUACCUACAUCUACAGAGCAGUUGGAAAUCAAAUUUUGUCACAAAGGGAGAUCAAAACAAGAUUGGAACAAACGAAAGGACAGAAAAAGGAUGUACAGUGUAAGAGCCAAAUUGCAAAGAUCAGAUCAGCUUUGAUUGAUCAAUUCUGAUUGAUUGAUUCUGGGAUCGCAUUUUCUUCUUGAUCUUCAUGCUGUUUUUUUUUCCAUUUUUAUUAUUUUUUGCUGUUAUACAAUAUAUUCUUUGUGUUUUACAUGUAUAUCUGUGGAAAUCAAUUUGCAAUUAACUAUACUGCUUUAUAAAUGUAUUGUAUGUAUGUGUGUCCGGCUGUCAUAUCAUGGUGGUGAUGAGACUCCUAACUCUUGUUCAGAUUGGAUAUUAAUGAUGCCCCUUUAUUUCUACAUCAUGUACCAGUAGAAGGUAGGUUAAACUCAUCUUACAAAAUCAGUUUUAGAGCUUAUUGUGUACUCAAAGAAAUGCUUCGUUGACACUCUGUGAUCAUGAUGAUGAUAUUAAAUUUGCUUAUACGUUAAAGCCUCUGCUUUGGUUACACCACAGUAUUCUUUUCCUUUUGUAAAAGUAUACCAGUUCAUGGGCACCACUGCAAGAAUAUCUGAUGUCCCUGAAUACAUUUUGCAUGAAACAUGUGAUUCGGAUCAUCUAGCGACAUUGACAUAGCUUUAUGGGUAAACACAAUGAUAGUUGAGUUCCUUCCUCUUUCCCUAACAUUUACUGUACAUAAUGUACAUGUAUAGUGCCAAUGCUUUUCAGUAGUGCUUGCACAUUUAGAGUUAAAUGUACAUGUACAUCCUCCGUGGUUUUGGCAUGGAAUCUCAUAAUUUCAUUAGAAAUGUCAGAAGCAUGCUAAUUCACGGAUAUCCCUGGAGAAAGAUGAACGUACCCUUGGAACAAAAUCAGUCUUGCUAGCUGUAAUUUGGAUUGACUAAGCCAGACUUGACCUAUAAUUUCUCUUCCCAAUCUAUAUUGAGAUAGGUGGAAAAUGGACUUUGAAUUGAAGAGCUCCCGCAUUACACCCCCACUGCACCAACAUUUAGGGAAGCGGAUGUGAGGGUUUCGUUUGAAGCCUGGGGCUCUGAGAUUUAAUAGGAACUGUGUGAAUGUGAGGAAUGGUCUUAAAGGGCAACAUCAAUCAAAAACUUGCUAGGUUUGUCAAAUUGGCUUGCGUUAAGCCACAAUCAAAGUUAGAAAUGUGUGCUUACAACUCCUUUAUUUUUUAUAAUUGACGAGAUAGCAAUAGGCCAGUUUCCGUAGGAAUUGCAAUAAAAACGACUAUUUUAUAAUUUUAAUGCAUAAUCCGAAGGCAACACGAUUUUCAACUAAUCAGGCAUAUUGUUUUGACUUGUGUUUUAUACAUUCAAAAUAAAACACAACUCUUUUAUGCAACGGGCUCAAGGAGACACAUGUACAUGUAGCCUACCUCUCUGUCUAAAUGCCAAUUUAAAGUAUCACAAUCUUGUUUUAAAAAAACACAAAAACCCAUAUACGUGUACUAGUACCAAUCAAACCUGUCUGUGCAGGCCACCCAAGAAAAAUAGAAAUAGUGGCCGCUGGAGACAGGUGGCCAUUAUAGACAGGUUCUUUAUUCCUUUCAGUUGGGAGACAAUUUUCGGUGGUCAUUAAAGACAGGAUUUCACCAUAGAAAGGUGGCUGCUAAAACAGGUUUGACUGUACAUGUAAUUCAUAGUGUCUUUUUUUUACAUCAAUAGACUACAGGCACAAGUUCUUCAUGUAAUGCAGGCACAUAAGGCAUAAGCCUAUUUGUUUCAAGGUUUGAUGACAUACCUGGCAGACCUAGAGACAGCGGUUUUGAAGA